AUAGAGAUAAAUGUAUACGUUGUUACCGGUGUCACUUUUAGUAACGCAACGAGCUAAGAAACGAUCGGGUCACUCGACCACCGGCUCGUCAAUCUUUAUCAACGGUUCUCCUCUCCCGGUAUUCCGCUUUCGUGGUAGCGCCUUUUUUUUCUACUGAGAGUUUACGAACGAGUGUUCUAUUGGUAUCAAGUGCGUUGUUAACUCACAUCGAGAUUCGUGGGAGGGUGUAUUUGGUGGUAAAUUCUGAAGAAUUGUCACGAGCCCUCAUGGAAGUUCUACUUCGUCCUGUCCACGUCGUUGUCCUUGGACAGAAUGGCAAAUCUUCGGUAUUCGCGGGAUUUUUUCUCUGCAUUUUUUUGUCACUCGUUUCGGCUCAAUUGGAUUUACCACCACUGAGGGAUGACAGAAACGACGGUUACAAUCGUCAGUCCGAUGACAGACUCGACAGAUUUGAUGGUUUCGGUCGGCCGCAAGUUCAAAGACCAAACGAUCUCGAUUACCGAAAUGUAUUAGCGAGGCUGGAUUUUCUCGGUGCCGAACGAUGCAGCAGCAAUGUUGCGGCCCAAUGGGCUUACGAGACCAACGUUAACGAAUACACUCAAUUGCAAGCGCUCGAGGCACAGCGUUUGUACGCCGACUUUCAAAAUCAAGCAUGGCAAUUGAUCUCCAGAUUGGAUGGCUCCAAUCUCAGGGAUCCGAACAUAGCGAGACGUUUGAGGUACCUCUCAGCUGUUGGACCCGCUGCUCUUCCACCUGAUCAAUUAGACAGGUACAAUCGAGUGAUAAAUGAUAUGCUGAGCAUUUACAACUCUGCGACGAUUUGUGCUUACAACGAUCCUUUCAGAUGUGGACUGCGUCUUUACCCAGACGUUUCGAGGAUCAUGGCAAAGAGUCGAGACUGGGAUGAACUGCAAUGGGUUUGGGUGGAAUGGCGAAGACGCAGUGGUUCGCAAAUUCGAGAUUUGUACGGACAACUCGUUCAGUUGAACAAUGACGCAGCGAGAUUAAAUAACUUCACUGACGCAGCUGAAUAUUGGACUUUCCCAUAUGAGACUCCGAAUUUCCAGCAGGAAAUUGACGAAGUCUGGGAAACCAUUAGACCACUUUACGAUGAGCUCCAUGCGUACAUCCGAAAGAAGCUCCGCGAUCUUUAUGGACCAGAAAAAGUUGGAGGACACACGCCUCUUCCAGCUCACGUCUUAGGAAAUGUAUGGGCUCAGUCGUGGACCAACAUUAUCGACCUAGCGAUACCUUACCCAGGAAAAUAUUACAUGGAUGUAACAGAGGAGAUGCAGGCUCAGGGUUACACGCCAAUUGAUAUGUUCCGCGUAGCAGAGGAAUUUUAUCUCUCGCUCAAUCUGAGUGCAAUGCCUCCGGAAUUCUGGGCAGGAAGUAUCUUGGUGGACCCUGGCGAUCGUCCAUUAAUCUGUCAAGCUUCUGCCUGGGACUUUUGCAACCGUCUCGACUACCGGAUCAAAAUGUGCACUAAGGUCACAAUGAAAGACCUCAUCACUGUCCACCACGAAAUGGCCCACAUCCAAUACUUCCUUCGAUACAGCGGACUUCCUAGAGAAUUCCGAGAUGGUGCGAAUCCAGGAUUCCAUGAAGCAGUCGGCGAGGCAAUCGCGCUGAGCGUAGGAACACCGAAACAUCUCGAGACCCUGGGAUUGGUGAACAAAUACGUAAACGAACCAGCGGCCGACAUAAACUACUUAUUCUCGCUGGCAAUGGAAAAACUUGUCCUUCUGCCGUUCAGCAUCGCUGUGGACCGAUGGCGAUGGGACGUAUUCCGAGGCGUCGUUCAUCGCGAAGAGUACAAUUGUCACUGGCACAGGAUGAUGGAACUUUAUGCAGGAACGAAACCGCCUGUACUGAGAUCGGAAGACGAUUUUGAUCCGGGUGCAAAGUACCACAUCCCUGCGAACGUUCCCUACAUUCGAAACUUCGUCGCGGGGGUUCUACAGUUUCAAUUAUAUCGAGGACUGUGUCAGGCUGCUGGACAGAGAUUCCUCGAUGAUCCACGGCGACCUUUGCAUCGAUGUGACUUUUAUCGGAGUCCAGCUGCUGGUCGAGUGUUAGGAAGAUUAAUGGAGAAAGGAUCUUCGAGACCGUGGCAAGACACGCUGCAGGAAGCGACCGGUGAAUUCAGAUUGGACGGAAGCGCACUUCGGGAAUAUUUCAGGCCUCUCGAGGACUGGUUGAGAACGGAAAAUCUGAGAAACGGCGAGGUCGUUGGGUGGUCGUACGACGGUGACUACUGCAAGAGGAGCAUCGAGACAGCGGGACUGCAGGUAUUUGGCAGCGGUUUUUACAACUCGGCCAUGAAUCUUCACAGCUCAUCCUUCCUGUCAGCAAAACUGGUGAUCUCGUUGAGCGCGGUGCUCGGUUCAGUACUCUCCUCCAGCCUAUCACUGAUUUAGAGGGUAGAGAAUCGAUUGUUUCGCGGUGCUCGUCGGAAUGUGCUUGACCCGAGGAACCCGUUGUGUCUUUGUCAUCAUGAACGAACGUGUCAAGAGGAGAGAGAUCAAAGUUUAAAAAAAAGAAACACUGGCAAAAGAGUCUGCUCGCGUCGCACUCGAUAUGUUUAGAAUCACUGAUAAGUGGCCGGAUAGGCACCGAGUUACCGAUAAAACGAGGACACAAGUUCGACUAUGCAAUUUACAACGAGAAAAGACAAGAGGAAAGGUACUAUUGAAUGACGGAAUCAAGGCCAGCGAGGCAAAAUAGAACUCGAAGAAAUGAAACGAAAACGGUGAAUCGAAGUAAAACGAAGACGUCUGAAGAGAGUCGAUCCACUCAUUGAGUCACGUACCAAACACGUGCUAUGGAAACUCGAAAUUUCUCGGGGCAAUAACAAUCCUGGCCGACUUUUAGCCACUCGUACUCCACCCUCCGAUCGUUCCAAGAGCGAGAGCAUGAUUUUUCAAAUAAUCGUAACUUCCCGAAAGGAUUUCAGUCCCCCGUAGAUCAGGGAGAGUUUCUGGCAUAGUCAGCGUUGCCAAAUGCAGUUUGAGACAUGUCCGGCCGUCGACGAGAAAACAAUUUUUCCAUACCCACGAAAAAAAUGGUCGCGAUCAGUGCCCAUUUUUGGAGAGUUUAACGAGCAAUAUAACGAAACGAAAUGAAUGAGAAAGCGAUCAAGGGAUUCCAAGCUGCAUGCCCAUCCGUUACAUCGGCACACAAUUCAUCCUCCAUUCGCAAUCCUUCGGAAAUUCCCUUUCGGCUAAAUUUAACGAGCCCAAUAAUCCUGUGUACGUGCGAAUACAAACGUACACUAUCCGGAGGGGUGUGAUGCUGCUGGCUCAUCAAUAUUAAUACCGUUGAAUCGGUUUUAAUGACUGCACGUCACGCAUACGCGCUCCGAAGAGCUUCGAGUUUUCUCGAAUUCGCUGUCGAGACACGUGAAACUGGUGGACUAGUUCCUUUGCGCAUUGUCUCACCGCGCCUCCGCGUAGCCUCUCAUUCAAUGACGUACAUGUAUAUGGAACACGAUUUUGUGCAAAAGUACAUAUUAGAUAGAGGCUGUGCCAAAAGCUCCUUCCAAUUUAUGAGGAACAUUGACCCAAUCAAAAUUCGAUAAUAAAAUCAUCGUUUUCCUGCUCUCUUCAUGACUAAAGUGCUGCUCCAUAACCAAGGACGGUUGAGAAAUUAUCAUUCGCAGCACUUCUUCUGCUCCACGAUAUCGCCGCUGGGGCCCUGAACCGGACGUCACUAAAAAAUUAAUAUCUCGUCAGCGGUGGAUCACAGAAAAAAACGCAUGGCCACUUAUCCCUUCGAAAUUUAACGAUCCAUUAACUCGUUUAUUUGACGCCUGACUUUUAGGACACUCUGUAAAUAUAUGUAGUAUAAAUCUAUAGCAAAGUAUCUCGGUCAUCCGGCUGCGGGCGAACGGGGAAGACACUCGACACUACGUGCGGAGCAGCCGCAUAUACGGAAUGCGGAAAGAGUGAAUGUUGUGCUCGCCAAACGUUUACUUAUUUAUUUAUAUACAUGUACACUUAUGUGUAAAUGUACUUGAGACAUAUAUCUUACGUACAUCACUUGCGGCAACGUGUGUACGACGUGCGUCGCCCAUGCGCGAAAAAAAUAAAAUGAAAAAAAAAAAAAAAACGAUAGAAAAGAAGAAAAAAACGUUCUUAAACACGAGGACGAGAUCCCAUUGCCCGAUUACUGCAGUAAGUUGAAACUCUCGCUUUCUCGAUGAAAGCACACCAACCGUGUGGCAUUUAUAUAGUGAUCUCUCCGACGCUCCAUCGACAGCUACAUCUUGAAUAAGAUUUAACCAAGAUUUCAAGGUCCGGCACGAUAACUCUAUUGCAUGACUUUGGAUUUAAACACCUGCACGUCGAAUGACGUGUCUGUUUUCUUUUUUUUCAUUCUAUUUUAAUUUUAUUUGUUGUUUUUUUUAUUAUUUUUUUUUUUUUUAUUUUCAUAGACGUAUUUUUAUUGCGUUUGGCUUGUUAAUAAAAUAAAGUCGAAUGUCUUGUAGAAAAGUAUUUUUUUUUUUUUUUGGAAACGAUCUCAUUUGGACAGUUUUAAGGACUGCUAUGGUAGGAAGGUGCGAACAUUUUUUUGCUCUAACCUCUUCGAAAAGAACCAUAAUAAUUGGAGUGAGAAACCAUCUUUUUGCAUUUCAUCGAAAAUUUUUGUUUAUCUAGAGAAUUUUCUACGUUAAUAUUUUGUCAAAUUUGAUUUUAUUUUGCAUCGUUAUUUUCGUUAUUAAAAAUGAAGAAAAAAAUGUA